GUCUCCUGGUCUUCGCUUCUGAGUUUCCAACAAUAUCAUCCGUGUCAUACAGAGAUGAAGUUCAUUUGUUUGACUGUCCUGAUUAUUAGUGGAGCUACAGAUUCAAGAUCAGAGGACCAUAAUUUCGUGCGACCUGCAGAUCCUGUAUUUGCUUUAGCUGGUGAAGAUGUUAUUCUGCCCUGUUCAGUCAAAUUCAACCUCAAUCCUGUGGACACGAGAGUGGAGUGGUUUAGAUCUGAUCGGAACGACUCAGAACUAGUGCAUCUCUAUGAGGAUCAUGACGACAGAAACACAAAUCAGAGUCAGUCCUACAGAGGGAGAACAAAACUGAAUCAUGAAGAAUUACAGAAAGGAAACGUAUCACUCAAACUCUCAUCUGUCCAAGCCUCUGAUGAAGGACGUUAUAAGUGUUCUAUUCAGUCCGAAUACAGGUCUAUUGAGACCACUGUUAAUUUUACUGUUGGAGUUGUAGGACGUCCUCCAGUGAUCACUGUAGAUGGAUUUGAUUACAUAGGACUACUUCGUCUUCAGUGUGAAUCUGAAGGUUGGUAUCCUGAACCUGUUCUUGAGUGGAUGCUAACUGAAACAACCUUUUUGAGUUCAGAAACUGCAGAGACACGCAGAAAUGAAAAUGGAUUCAGUGUGAAACACACUGUCACUGUAUAUGAGAAGCACCGCAAGAUUCACUGCAGAAUCAGACUGAAGAAUCACAAGCUGGAGACACUGAUUAUCACCUCAAGUAAUAUGUUUCAACUUUGGAGGAAAUCAGCCAUCCAGUUUCCAGUCAUAGUCGUGCUCGGUGGUUUUAAUGUAGUACUGAUAGCUGUGAUCAUUCAUAAAUACAUAGGACACAGAAAACUAAAGACUGAGAACAGGAAAAUACACCAUGAACUUGAUGAACUUUUGCAGAGUCAGAAGAUACCAAAAGUGAUCACGCAUUUAGAAACAGACAUGGGUGAGUAAAAAGUACUAAUGUUUUUAUAUUU